GGCGCUGCUCCAGUGGGGAGCCUGGUCCGAGCCUCGGCUGGCGGCCGCCGCGGGAGAGGCACCAAGGCCGGCUAUGCGCAGCCGAGGAGAGCCGGUAGGAGCCGCCGAGUGACUCCCCUCCACCAUCACCACCCCUUGCAACCGAGGAGAAGCCGGUGCCGCGCGGCAGGAUGGAGAAGGCCGGCUCCCUGCACGCCUCGGUGCCCACGCCGCCGCCGCGCCUCUACCUCCCGCGGAACUUCAGCUGCAGCGCCUGCCUCUACGGCAGCCUGGCCGAGCAGUGCAAAGGCGGCUGCAGCCCCGAGAUCGAGGCGGUGGAGCCGCUGCCCGCGCCCCCUUCGCCGCCCGUCACCCGCGAAGCCGAAGCCGCCCGGUCGCCGCCUCCUCCGCCUCCUCCACCUCCACCCCGCUCCCCUUCGCCGCCCCUCCAGUCGCCGCCGCCGGCCACCCGCGGCAGAGAGCCCACGCUCCCGCCCGUGCCGCCCAGCCCGACCCUCCGCCGCCGCGCCAAAUCCCUGCCCACGCCGGGCGAGCGGGGGCUCCGGCCGGCUUUGCAACACAGCCCGUCGCGGCGCAAGACGGUGCGCUUCGCCGACUCGCUGGGCUUGGAGCUGAUCGCCGUGCGCCACUUUUGCCAAGCCGACGUGCCGCAGGUGCCGCCGCCUCCCGCCCCGCUGGCCGCCUCGCCUCUCCCGCGCGGCGCGGAUCUGCUCAAGACGCGCAAACCGCCGGCUCUGGGCGAGCUGGAGCCGGUGCUGUUCGGGCCGCCGGCGCCCGUGCUGGAGCCUCUCUUCCCGCCGCAGCCCGGCUCCGGUGCGGGCUUCUCGGAGCGCGUCCGGCAGCACAAAGUGAAGCUGGAGUGGGUGCGCCCCGAGGCGGCCGGGCUGCGCGGCGCCGUGCGCGUCCUCAACCUGGCUUACGAGAAGACCGUCUCGGUGCGCUACACGCUCAACCGCUGGGCCAGCUGCAACGAGGUGCCCGCCGCUUACCUGCCGCCGCCCGCCGCCGCCCACGACGCCCAGACCGACCGCUUCGCCUUCCACCUGCCCGUGGGCGCCGGCACCACGCUGCUCGAGUUCGCCGUCCGCUACCGCGUGGCCGACACCGAGUAUUGGGACAACAACGACGGCCACAACUACAAACUGCGAGGAAGGCAGCGGCCCGGCGGUCAGGAACCCGAAGGCGGCGGCGCCUGGAUCCACUUUAUCUGAACCGGGCUUGGCUCGGGUUUCUCCCCCGGCGGGAAAGCGGGCGCCUUCCUUCCUUCCUUCCUUCCUUCCUUCCUUCGGCGGGGAAAGGGCAGGAGCGCCCCUUGGAGAUGGGACGGGGAGGAGGAUCGAGGGGCGCGGAAAUGUGACAGCCUCCCCCCCCCUUCCCCAAUUUUUAUUUAAAUGCUAAAGUGGAAAAUCGCCCUUCGGAUGGCAACUGUGCAGAAGAAUGGUUCUCCCGAGGGGGUUGAAGUGGGCAGCCCCCUAUGUCCCUUUCUCCGGGCUUGGAAACUAAGCUGUGCUUGGUCUGGUUAGAGCUUGAAUGGGAGACCACUGAGAAAUCCCACCAACUAGGCUAGUCGAGUAUAUUGUACAUCAAGGCAAUUCAACUCAUUGAGUCAAGCUUGAUUCCCAGUAGAUGACGCCUUGACUUCCCUUUUGGGGGUGCAUUUUUCCCCCAAGAGGUCGGGAAGGGCUGGGAUUGUUCCCUUGGACUUGCCCCGUAAUGAACCUGCCAGAGACCUCUUCCUUUUGCCAGCUCCUUGACCUGCCAUUCCAGAGUAAAUCCGAUUAAAUAUCUGACUUCUUGAAAUGCCCAAUCUGUACUAUUUAGAAUUGCUGGAGGAAUCCGAAAAACGGCUGCCUGCUCUGCUGUCUCUUUGGAAGAAAAGAAAAUCCUCCAUCAUGGAAACAGUUAGAAUGAAGACAAGCUUUUCUCCUACACAGGUCACUUUUCUAUUGGGUGGGGGGGGAGAGAUUUCGAGAAGGGAGAUGGUCCCGCUGCGUAAAGACUUUUUCUGCAUUUGAGAUGGUCCAGGCAUAAAUUGCCCAGGUGAUUUGAAAUGCAAAUUUCUGGCAAAAGUUACCCCAUUGGUUUAUCCUUAAAUCAGAGGUCUUCAAACUUGGCAGCUUUAAGACUUGUGGACUUCAACUCCCAGAAUUCUCCAGCCAGUUAUGCUGGAGUUGAAGUCCACAAGUCUUAAAGCUGCCAAGUUUGAAGACCUCUGCCUUGAAACAAUCUUCUAAAUAAUAACAAAAAAAAAAAAUCAGGGACAACCAUAUCUGGGGGAGGAAGAGAGUCAUAGAGUGCCUCCCUCAGAUUGACUGGACGCUGGUGAGGUCACAACCCAUUUUCACUUCCUCCUUAAAAACAGCUUUUUCAGCCUCCUGUCAAAUCUACUGUACCUUCUCUUCCCCCCCCCCUUCAAAAAAAAGGGAACAAAUGAAAGUUUGUUUAGCUGGCAAAGGCAACACACAUCCUUUUUCAGGUGUGCUCCUCAGAGCUAUUGGACUUCACAUAAUUCAAGGGCAUCCAGGCGUCCUUGGAGAGUCAAAAGUCUGGCACUUCUGAAGAACACCAGAAUGAGGAAGAUGGAUGGGACAGAAUUUUAUUUUUUUAAAAAAAAAAAUGCGGAAAUGGAAAGAAGAAAGAAAGGAAAAAAAUCACAAGCCCUGGAUCAGAACUGCUUUGGAAAGAAAUCCCAAAGGUUGAAGAAAGGGCCAAAAAAAGAUUUCCUGUUUUGCAUGCCUGCCUGCUCUUUCUUGCAACAUUUGUCUAACUGUGUAGAUGAUCUCAACUAACCAUUCCAAAGCUGUGUUGGGAGCAGUCUUAUCCGUGUCUGGUUGUGCUCCGGUUUGACGGAACUUGGGCUUGUACUUCUGUUCCAUCAAAGGCUCUGCACCUUCGUGCCUAAAAGGUUAUCACUGAGAUUUUUCAACAUCUGGGAACUUCUGACUUGAUUCAAAUUCCCACAGCCUUCUCUCUCUCUUUCUCUCUCUUUCUCUCUCUCUCUCUCUCUCUCAAGCUGGUCUGGACCAUAAAACCUUUCUCUAGUGUUUUCACGGGUAUCUCUUUCUCUGCUAAUUCUUCCCUUGCUGUCACUGAGUUGUGAGAUGCUCCCGAUUUAUACUCACGUCGCCAGAGGAUUAUUUUUUGAAAAGUGUGUGUUUCCGAGUUAAAUACAGAUGGUCUAUAUUUUAUAUUUUGAGAGUUAUAAUUGGGGGAAGGGAGGGAGGGAAAGAGAAGCUGCUUCAAGCUUCCUUCAGAGAAGGAACUAAUAGUUGAAUGCAACUGUUCAGAAACAUGUGUUGUAAUGACUGGCAAGUAUUACCAGUCUGGUGGUAUUGUUUCUUAUGGUACCCGUUUCCUCUUUUUUUUUUCGCCCUUCCUUGAUUGUUACAAAACCUGAAGAUCUUAGGCCAAGCUGUAAGGAAAUGAAAAUGAGUUAAUACUGUUGUUGAAGUGGUUUCUGAAGAAGACUUGGAAAAAUCUAACUUCAGUUCCUGAGCAUUUCUAGGUGUAACAAUCAAUCUUUGGGUCAUCAGUACAUUUUAUUUUAUUAUUAUUUUUUUGUUUUAAGGAGUCAAAAAAUUACAGCUAAGAAGUUGGGUCGCCAACCAACUGGAAGUAAGGUAGUUCUGGUUGAUAAAUCUUCUAGAUUUGGAAAAAUGUGGAAUAUCAGAAGAAAUGUUACCAUACACCAGAAUGUGAGCCCUUUGAGGUAGACCAGGUCAAGAAAUAAAUACUGCAGACAUACCAGAAACGUUAAUGUUGUAGGGCAGAAGAACACAAUCUUGAAAGCCUAAAUUAUUCUUUAUUUGCCCCAUCUUAUACUGAAGAAAAUCAAGGAAGUAUUACUAUGAGUUUCUUUCUCACCCUGUCUUCUUUCCUGGGACAGAGCCCUCUUUUCUGAAACUCCCACCUUAACGGGUUGCUCAUUCUGAAGCCCGGUUUUUACGAUCCUUCACCCAGAGCUAAAUCUGCUUUUCUGACUGUUCCCGCAUCACAUUCCAUGGAUGUUUGUUCCAAAUUAAUUCAAUGCUCUUGCAGAACAAGUGCGGAGACAUAAGGGUGCAUAGGAUUGUAGCCUUUGAUUUCAUGACCAACCCUAUUCCAAAACAGAAGAUAAGCCGAUUCAAACCAGAAGUCUACCUUUCUUUUCCCUGGGUAUGUUCAGGUGGUGGCUGACAGCCCAUCUGUCAGGGAUGCUUGAAUAGGGAUAACUGGGACUACGGUGGCAGGAAGUUAGAGGCCUUUGUGGCACCUUCCUGCUUUAGGAUUCUGUUUUAUUUUAUAUCCGGUCAUCUAGUUGGACACAUGGCUCAGUCAGAAGGGCAAGACAGUAUAUUAGCCACGUAUUUGUAUGUGAUCCCAGUCUCUUCCUGGACAAAAUAUACAUUAGCCAUAAUAACUAAUAAGUCUGUGCAAAGUGUUUGGAGGGGCAUUCAGCCAUCCAAAGCUGCUGCUCAGAGCAUCAAGGUGACCAUAUCCCUCAAAAGCUCAUGCGCUUGAGGUCUCACCUUGAAUUUCUGAGCACACACCUUCGCCGCUGAGACCUUUAGUGGCCAAGUCGAGGCAAGCAUCUUCAACAACAGAGAGGGAUGCUUUGAUUGCCCUGCAACCCCCUGCCCCCAUGCCCCACUCCCCCAAAUACAAUGCACAGGCCAUUGACUAAUAGUCACUGAUAGCCUUAUUCUCCUUGAAUUUUUAAUCUUUUUAAACUGAAUGAAUCAGGUUCUGGCAUUGGAAACGUGGGAAGGUGGAGAUACUUUUUCUUAUUUGCUGUCUCUUCAAUCAAGCAUACUUUAAGGAGGAUGGGGAAGGUUGGACCUGAAUAGCUAAAGAAGCUGUGUGGGAUCUAACGCCUCACUUAGAUUGUCAAUGCUGGAACCUAAGAAACUGAAUAUUUGAAAUAAUUCUUUUUUUUUCUUUUUCUUUUUUUUUUUCUUGCAGCCUUUCCUGCAGGAUUUGUACAUAGGAAGUCUGUUGAGGCUUAAAUUUUUCACUCUGCGAAUACAUCACUAUGUCUUCGGCAAUAUGCACAUGGGCAUUCUUUGUGGGCAUUUUUUUUUUGUUUUUGCAAAUGUGUCUGCAUAAUUUGACUGCUGUUAUUUAUUAUGACUGCAGCAUCUGUGCCCUGUAAAACACCAUUUGAUUAUGUGGGAAAGGUGCGCAGGCACAUGAAUCAGAGAAAUACGGACGUUUUGAUGUUAGGGGGUGUGGAAAUGGAAUUAGAAUUUCUAAUUGGUUUCCUAUCGGAUGCCAAGCAGAAAUCUUUUUAUUUGUUUUAAAUUCUUGAUGGUGGAGGAACACUGAGAAAGAAGGCUGACUUUUGCUAUCUCUUUUAAAUAGAAACUUAGUAAAGAUAUAAUGCAGAUUGUUUAGCUUAACAAAGUCCCGUGUCAUCAGGAGAUGAUUAAAUUGAAUCCCAAAGGCUCAAACUAAGUGCCCUUUCCAUCUUGUGAAUUAUAAACCAAAAAGAAGAAGGAAAAACCCUAUCCUAAAUGUUAUUUCAAUACAAUUCCAAAUACUGGAAGAAUCCUAGCCUUGUUGAAAUUGUCUGUGUUGUUCAGUGGAUUUCUGUUUCACUGGCUAAAUCAGGGGCAUCGAACUCAAUUUCAUCGAGGGUCACAUCAGGGUUGUGUUUGACCUCGUGGGGGCCAGGGGGCAUGGCCAGCUCGACAUCACUCAUGUCGGGGGCGCCUGUGGCGGCCCAAGUGCUCUGCCAGCGAAAACAGGUUCCCAAGCUCCGUUUUUGGCUGCGACAGCCUCCUGCAACCCUCUGCCAGCAAAAACGGAGCUCGGGAGGGCUGCAAAACAGCCCUCCCGAGCUCUAUUUUCACUGGCAGAGGCACCACGGGCCGGUCCUUUGCUGUUUCCAGGGUGGCCCUUGUGGGCCAGAUCCGGCCCGUGGGCCUUGAGUUCGACACCCCUGAGCUAAUGCUUCUCUUUUAGAAACCCCUUCCUCAAGUGAAAAACCAAAGAGAUAGAGCAUGAAGCCUCAACGCCCUUAUCUUGAAUUGUUGGUGGUACCCAAGAACCCCUUCAUUCAUAAGAAAGCUUAGAGAAAGCUUUCAGUGAAUUGUAUCCAAGGGUUUUUUAGUUUAGUUUUGUUUUUGAUAAAGAAAUCCAAUAAUUUUGUUUUUCGGCGGCUUAUGGCUUAAAUACAAAAAAGAGCAGCACAGUUCAGCACAAGCUUCUGAUAGCUGCCAACCAUUCUGCAAUUUAUCUUUUUCGCCAGUUAGGCUGCCAUCCUCUAGCAUACUCCUAAUGGCAUGAUCACAAACUCACAAACCUCAGUUUGGCUUGUCGAGUGUAACUAAGGCCUGCCUUAAGGGAAGGCGUCUGUACCUGAGCUGCAAUUUUGUUCCUGUCUAAUAGUUGCAUGGACGUUUACAACUUAUUCAGCUGUAAGCUAUUUGGACUACUGCCCAUUCCAUUCGGGACCAGCGUAUAUUUAGAUAGGGAAGGUAUUUAUUUUUCUAUUAACAGCGUUUUGAUAAUUAUCAGCUAUCAGUUCUGAAAGACAAUAUGUGGAUAGGUACACUUAUGUAUAUAGACUUACCUUUAUAUGUAGGUCUUUGGUUAUUCGGGUUUUCUCCCGCGUAAAAUUAGAGAUGUCUUGGCAACAUUUCGACGAAGUCUCAUUUGUCAUCUUCAGGCUGGUGUUUUCGGCUUCGUGCUUCUAGGAGCAAUGUGUGUGAUUGCAGCUGUUUCUUCCUUUUUAUUACCUUUAAUAACCUUUAUUACCUUGUAUAUAUAUAUAUCCAAAUGCUAUAUAGAGCUUGGUCAGUUUGACCUGAACCGCGACCUCAGGUCUGGGCUAGCUAAUGCAUCUCUUCUCUUGUAAUCCAAAUGUCUUUAAUAUGUGCUUGCAUAUCAAAUAGUAUAGCGAUAAUAUUGCACUAGCUGCUUAAUAACCAGCAAAGAGUAUUUAUGAUUUAUGCUGCUGUCUCCACUUCCUGAUGUUCUAGAAUGUGCUUUCAAUACACUGGAGUUCAUUCAUUUUGGUUUGCAGUCUGUCAAGCUUUCCUCACUGGCAUUUAAUCCUGGCAUAGAUUUAUCCUGGCAUGGCGGAUUGUCAGAAAAUGAGGGCUACAGGGAGCCACACACAUGAAAACAGGCAGAGUUUCUAUUGUAUCAUUGGACUUCUGAUUUUUAAUUUAUUUUUUUUAUUUUUUUUGGCAUCUUGCUUUUUUCAGCCACAUCCUCAUGAUGUUGGCUACAUCGUGUCUCCAGCCCAACGAGGCAACCUUAAUUUAUCUUUACGACCCGGUGCUAAAAUGCUGGCUUGGUCCAUCCAAGGGCAGCCUCUAGGUGUGUCAAAACCAGUAGGGUUUUGCUUGCAGUUUUAUCUUGCAAGAAAGUUGCAUGAUUGGAAGUGAUGGGGCACAGGAGCGGGAAUGAUAAUCUCAUGCCAGUAUAGAUUUAUUUCCUUUUGCCAAUUGAAGGAUGACUAGAGGUUGAUUCGACUUGGCUGCAGGGAAAGGGCCUGAGUCUCUAAAGGCAGAUGGCCCAGAGGGAAUGGACUGAGCUUAUACAGAGACUGUUGUUGUUAGCAGGAGGGGCUUCCCCCAAAUUAAGUGCUCUUAUUUCCAACUCUUUGCCGAUAUUGCCAAGGCUCAUCUCACAUACAUUUGAUUAUGAACCUUAUAAUCCCCCCCAAAAAAACAAGGUUUUGGGGUUACUGCUACAGAUAGUCCUCCAUAACCAUAAUUGGAACCAGAACUAAGCAAUCAGUCAUUAAAUAGAUCAUCCCGUGAUUUAUGCCUGAUUUUACGAUUUAUUUAUUUUUUUGCCACAGUCGUUAAGCAAAUCUGGCUUCCCACAUAAACUUUGCUUCUUGGAAGCCAGCUAGCAAGGUCAAAAAAUGAUGAUCAAGGGACCCCGGGAUACUGUAACCAUCAUAAAUCCAUGCCGGUUGCCAAGCACCCGAAUUGUGAUCACAUGAUACUGCAAUGGCUGUAAGCACGAAGAUCAAUCGUCAGUCACUUUUCUCAGCACUGCCGUAACUUUGAACAGUUGUUAAAAAAUGGCUGUAAGUUGGGGACCACCUGUAUUUCCUUCAUCCUAUUAAUUAUUGAAUAUUGAACAUUGAACAUUGAAUAUUGAACAUUCAACAUUCAAUAUUGAACAUCCUAUAAGGGACACGGUGGCUAAGAUGCUAAGCUUGUCAAUUGAAAGAUUGGCAGUUCAGCGGUUCGAAUCCCUAGUGCUGCAUAAUGGGGUGAGCUCCCAUUACUUGUCUCAGCUUCUGCCAACCUAGCAGUUUGAAAGCAUGUAAAAAAUGCAAGUAGAAAAAAUAGGGACCACCUUUGGUGGGAAGGUAACAGCUUCUGUGUGCCUUUGGUGUUUAGUCAUGCCAGCCACAUGACCACGGAGACGUCUUCAGACAGCGCUGGCUCUUCAGGUUUGAAACGGAGCUGAGCACCACCCCCUAGAGUCAGGAACGACUAGCCCAUAUGUACGAGGGGAACCUUUACCUAGUGAAUCAGUCAUGAGGCAAAUCUAAACCAGAAGUCAGGAAGAAUGAGAUGAGGAUCCAAAUCGUGGCCAUGGAAGUGAUGAUGAAAAAAUCUUCCCUGGUCAUUUUCUGCAUAAUGUGUCAAAAGACAGAAGAGAAGAUAUUUGAAGUAGCCUGAUGCUCAGGUCUUAGCAUUGGUCAUGUUUCUGAAACAGAGGUGUCUGAUCUUGACAACUUUAAAACCUGUGGCCUUCAACUCCCAGAAUUCCCCAGCCAGCCGUGCUGGUUGAAGUCAACAAGUCUUAAAGUUUGGAGACAAGUCAACAAGUUGCCAAGUUUGACAAAACAAGCCAAUAAGUUGCCAAGUUGAGAGCCCUGUCUAAAAGAUGCCAACGGACUUUGGUGCACAUGAAAUCUUACAGAGCAAGGGUAGAGCUAUUUAUUUGGGGGGAAUUUGUGGCUUCUGAUCUGAUAGGUGUUUAAGCUUCUGUUUUAAUUCCAUUGAGAAGAGUCGGUACUGUAUCUUUCCCACAUCUCUCCCCUUCCCCCCCCCCCCCAUUUCUUCCCAUUAGCAACUGAAGAAUGUUCUGGUCCCUUAACAAUCACUUAUUCUAGAUCCUGAUCUCCUGGGGAAUCAUCCCAUAUAGAUAAUUCAUAGGAUCGCGGAUGACACCAUCUGUUCUUUCUCGACCUUCUGCAUCAACCUUCUUAAAGCCAACUCUGUAAAUCGUGAUUCUUUUUUUACAGAGACAGUGAAAGGUAUUCAUAACAUUGCUAGGUAGAGUUUAUGCAGGUUUCCCAAGUACAGAAUGGCUCGCUUCGGAUGGACUCAAACGGUCGAGCAGGAAGCAAAAGAAUCGCUCCUGAAAACUCAGGAUUGUUGAGCAGCAUUUUAGAAUCAAACGCAGAGUUUCAUGAGCCAACGUUGAAGGUACUGGGGGGAAAAGAAGCACUUUCCCAAAUGAGUUUUGCUAAAUGUGUCACCGAAUGUAAUCGAGCUCUCUUGUCUUGACGCAGCCAAAUAUUUCAUACCUUAAGGACUCUUUUAAAGAGCAAGAUCUGUCUGUGAUUUAUUGGCUCAAACCCCCAUGAAGGAGACAGAAGCAAGGACUUUUUUCUUCUGAACCAAAGUUGUGUCCUACUAACAUAAAUCAAAUUGUCUCUUUUUUCUCUCUCUCUCACUCUCUUUCUCUCCACCCCCCUCUUGAUGGCAGCGUGGGUAUUUUUUAAAUGUUAUAUAUUUUUAGAAAAACGAUUUGUUCUGGUGUGUCCUUAUCUGUGUGUAAACCAGCAGAUUCAUUUUUAGGAAGCUUAGAAUGACUUCCCCCCCCCUCCCCAAAGCAAUAAUUAAAGCGGAAGGUUGCAGAUUUUACCUUGGAUUAACAGGUGUAAAAUGCAAAUGUGGCACACAUGCUUGGGCCUAGCAUGUGGAGUCAAAUUGGCCUGUUCAGGUGGCCAAACCUUCUGGGUUUGUGAUGCCAUAUGCUUCUCAGUGAUUCUUCAAUAAUGACACAUCUUGAUCCGUAAAGGCACUUUAGGUUCCUGAAAGCAAGACGUUUACUAGGGAUUCUUCAGUAGGAAAAUGAGUAUGUAGGCAGGUUGUCUCACGAUGUUGUCUCAUAUAAUACGGUUGGAUUACGGUUGCUGGAACUGGGUAUGUCUAGUUUGAUGAAGAGAAGGAGUAGGGGAGACACGAUAGCAGUCUUCCAAUAUCUCAGGGGCCGCCACAAAGAAGAGGGAGUCAACCUAUUCUCCAAAGCACCUGAGGGCAGGACAAGAAGCGAUGGGUGGAAACUAAUCAAGAAGAGAAACUUAGAAGUAAGGAGAAAUUUCCUGACAGUUAGAACAAUUAAUAAGUGGAACAACUUGCCUGCAGAAGUUGUGAAUGCUCCAACACUGGAAGUUUUUAAGAAGAUGUUGGAUAAUCAUUUGUCUGAAGUGGUGUAGGGUUUCCUGCCUGGGCAGGGGGUUGGACUAGAAGACCUCCAAGGCCCCUUCCAACUCUGUUAUUAUGUUCUGUUCUGUUCUGUUCUGUUCUGUUCUGUUCUGUUCUGUUCUGUUCUGUUCUGUUCUGUUUUAUUCGUACAAUCUGUAAUGUGUUUCAGGUAGUUCUCAACCUAUGACUGUAAUGGAUCCUACCCAUUCUGAUUAUUAAUCACGGCAGUUGUAAAGCAGAUCAUUGUAUGACCGACCCAGUUUUAUGACCUUUUUUGUAAUGAUUAUUAAGUGAAUUAUGUGGAUGUUGAGUGAAUAUGCAGUUGUUCAGUGAAUGCCACAGUCAUUAAUUAAACCCAUUAUUCAUUAUGGGGCAUUUUUGCCCAAAACCAGAAGUAAACACCAGGUUUUGGCAAAAAUGUUGAAAAACACGGUGAGUGUGACAACAGACGGCUGUAAAAUGCAGGCCAGUUACUGAACGCCCAAAAUGCAGUCAUGUGACUACAGGCGGACAACCGUCAGAACUUUGGAACCAGAGUCCAAGUACCUUUUGGGAGUUUAUCAUAGCUUCGAAUAUCCAUUAAGUGACCAGUCGUAAGUUGAGAACUACCUGUGCACUUUUACCUGUAAGAUCUGCUCUUUUUUUUUUUUUUUAACUUGAUUUAUAUGCCGCCCUUCUCCGGAGACUCAGGGCGGCUUACAAUGUGCUCAGCAAUAGCCUUCAUCCUUUUGUAUAUUUAUACAAAGUCAGCUUAUUGCCCCCACAAACUGGGUCCUCAUUUCACCUACCUUAGAAAGGAUGGAAGGCUGAGUCAACCUUGAGCCUUGGCGAGAUUCGAACCCUGCAAUAAUUGCAGGCAGCUGGUCUUAAUAACCCGCUUAAUAACAGGGUGCCUUAGACCACUGUACUACCAAGUCCUCUUGGAGGACUAUUGCUCGGAUGGAUAACCAUAGCUUUAAAAGGUUUCACCCAGAUGCAGCCCCGUGUUUCUAACAGACUUUCCUGGUUAGGUGCCACCCUCCUACCCUCUUGAAUUUCCACUAUAAUUAGGGUGGCUGAACUCUUUAUUUUUCCAUUUUAUCCAAAUUUGAGAACCGAGCAUUAUCCAACUGGUCCGGUGUUUUUCAACCUUGAAGAUGUGUGGACUUCAACUCCCAGAAUUCUGCAGUCCAGAUGUUUUCAAGUUGUCAAGGUUGAGAAAAACUUACCAGCAAAAAUCUGAGAAGCAUAGGUGUGUCCAAAGACAUUCUAAAUUUGAAUCUUUUAGCUGCUUUCCAACGGUAAUCAUUGUUCUAACACUUGAGAGUGGAUCUGUUCUUUAAACAGUUCCUUUAAGUCAGAGGUUGGUUUUGCACCGUGAAUAUCUCCUUCCAAAACACUAAAAUGAAACCCAUCAAUUCUUAGCUCUCUCUUUCCCCCUGUGUGUUCAAAAAGCCUAACAGGUUGUUAAAAUUUUUCAUAUUAUCACGGUAACUAAUUGUAGGGAUAACUUUUUAUGCUCCGCAUAUCCAUUCACAAUGAACUUGGGUUAGGAAAAAAAUAAGGCCAAUGUAAUAUUAUUAUAUAAAUUCUAUUCUUUAAGGGGUUUUUUUUUUUUUUUUUUUGCAGAGUUUAUCUUAUGAAAGUGUUUAGUCUUAUGCUGCAUUGGCACUCUCGGUUGAGUUUCUCUCUUGCACAUGUUGAAGUAUUAAAAAAAAUAUUCGCCGAAGGACAUAGCUUCUCCAUUUUUGCACGGCUCUUUAGCAAAACUUGAAUAAUCGUGUUGUAUGUUUGUCUUGUGGAACCCCCCCUUCCCCCCCCGUUUGUGGGAAAGUGUGAAUUUUACGACACUCAGCUUGUACCUCAUCACAAAUGCGAUAGCCUUGGCAAUCGUUUCAGAGCCCUUUUGGUUUUAUUGUUAGAUUCACUUUUUUUUUAAAACUUUCACUCUGUGAAAGCAUUAAAGUAUUGCCUUGUCACUGGCCAAGCAAGCAAGCAAGCAUGCAAAACAAAUCUAUUUAGAGGAAAGUAUAACUAGCACUUCCAAAGAGCAUUUCUUUCUCUUUUUUUCAUCAUAUUUUUUUGUGACUAGAAACAUAGUAAUGCUUGGCCUUUAUUUGCUUUAGAAACUGCCCCAAAUUACUUUCUGUUUUUGACUAAAAAAACCUGUUCGUCCCAGGAAUUUCUCUAUGCAAUAAAAGCUGUCCAUUUCUUCUGCAUGUAUUUUGGGCUUUGGUUUAAAGAAGAAAAACAAGAAAACAUUAUGCAAAUGAGCACUUUACGAGGCUGCAAGCUUGUAUAGGAGGAUACGUGAGGAUAAACCUCAAUGAACUUGGGGAAAAAAGAUUGUUCAUUGUUAACGCCUUAUAAACAAGUGUACGAGUUUAUUGUGACUUCUGUUGGAGGACUGGUGAAUUUGUGUCGUUUCUCUUUUGAGCCACUGCCCAGCAAAUGAAAUACAAACAUUAAUAGCAGUGCAAUCAGUGUUUAUACUAGUAUUUAUACCGAAGUGGAAUCAGGAAGUACCAGAAAUGUUGAGCAAAAAUGGACCAAACCUUUAUGUAACAAAAAUCCGUUGACAUUUAGAGUAAAGAUUUAUAUUGAAGUUAUAUAGGUAGUCCUCAACUAAUGACCGCCAUUGAGCCCAAAAUUUCUGUUGCUAAGCUAGACAGUGGCUAAGUGAGUUUUGCCCCAUUUUACGACCUUCCUUGCCAUAAUUGUUCAGCGAAUCACUGCGGUUCACACAGUUGUUAAGUGGAUCUGAUUUCCCCAUUGACUUUGCUUGUCAGAAGGUCGCAAAAGGGAAUCACAUGACCCCGAGCCACUGCAGCUGUCAUAAAUAUGAACUUUGAUCGCAGGAACAUGGGGACACUGCAACAGUCAUAAGUGUGAAAAACAGUCGUAAGUUCUUUUUCAGUGCGGUUGUAACUUCAAACGGUUACCAAACAAUUGGUUGUAAGUCAAGGACUACCUGCACUCCUAUGACGAUGAUCUGAAUUACAGAAAAUAUAUUUAAUAAUGAUUAAUAGUAUCUGACUCAUUUAUAUGGAAGAAAGGAGUUUCCUUUAAAAAAAAAUAGUAAAGAAAAAAUUCUUUGAUGCUAGGAAUCUGUUCAGUGAAGACAAAUUACUUAUUACUAAUUUGUCCGGUUAAUAUUGCAAUCCUGUCUUUAAUCUCGCAGCUAAACCCUAUUGAUUCAAUGAAGGCAAGAUUGAUUAGACAUGAUCUGCAUAUUCCAUUACAAAUUGGAGUCACGUUCAGCCUUUUGAAAUGGUUUAAAGCAGUGGUGAAAUUCAAUUUUUUUUACUACCGGUUCUGUGGGCGUGGCUUGGUGGGCAUGGUGUGGCUUGGUGGGCGUGGCAGGGGAAGGUUACUGCAAAAUCUCCAUUCCCAUCCCACUCUGGGACCAGCCAGAGCUGGUAUUUGCCGGUUCUCUGAACUCUCAAAAUUUCCACUACCGGUUCUCCAGAACCUGCUGGAUUUCACCCCUAGUUUAAAGAUACAUUUCCACCCGCUGUAUUUUAUUUUUCACUAAUCGCUAAGCCUGCAAUUUACACAUUUUAGAGGGACUUGCAUAGGAAACUCUUGUGUGGAUUGUACCCAUGCUUGCUAGCUGUCAGAGAACUCUUAAAAACACAUGUUCCAUGUUGUGAAAAUGUAACUUGGUUAUUUAUUUCCACUCAUCGUAUUCAGCAUUAUCUCUUAGCUGCUAAGUGUCUUGAUUCCAUAAUGUUUAGAUUUCAAGCAUUGGUCAAUAGGGGUUGUUGUUUUUUUCCUGAUCUUUUUCUUUGUUAAAAAAAAAAGAGUUUUGUGCCAUUUUAUAUUAAUGUCUUUUACUUUUUCUGAAGCCAGUGAAUAUCAGUGUGAUAUCUUGCCUUAUGACAAUAUUACAUGUCUUGUCUAAAAAUGUUAUUCAGGUUGUCCUAGUACACUGAAAAAUAUAUUUGUAAGUAUUUAAUUACUAAAUGUCAUUAAAAACUGAUCCAAAAUA